GUUAAGGAGGGAAGGCUACACAGUCCAGGUCAGCGUCAACGACUACCUGGACAUCUAUUGCCCGCACUACAACAGCUCAGUGCCGGAGCACAGGGUGGAGCAGUACAUAUUGUACAUGGUGAACCGGGAAGGCUACAGGAACUGUGACCCUGAGCAGGGCUUCAAGCGCUGGGAGUGCAACCGGCCCCGCUCCCCGCACAGCCCCAUCAAGUUCUCCGAGAAGUUUCAGCGUUAUAGCGCCUUCUCCCUCGGCUACGAGUUCCACGCCGGCCAGGAAUACUACUACAUCUGUGAGUGACCCUCGUUCCCU